GUUGCAUGCGCAAAGCUUCCACAGUCCGGUCUUCACACUUCAGACAUCAAGGAAUCGGACACCGUCACGGAAAUCUCGUCCGACGGCUUGCGCAGAGGCGGGCAAGAGCCUAUGACAACUUCGUGCAAGGACACUGAACCUGGGGAUUGUCCUGUGGCUCCCCAGCGUGUGUUACGCGAGGGAGAUUUCCGAGUGUUGCCUUCAGAAGCAUGGAGCAAGAUCCAUUCUUCUUUCUUGCACAACAAACCGAACACACUAAUGACAGCAUCGGCCCAGCCGGCGUGCCACAGCGCGGCCAGCGUUGGUGAUUUCAGGAUCCUGCCAAGAAGUGCAUGGGUUCGGCUACAUGCUCCUUUUCAGACUACAUAG